GUGUCAGCAAGUUGAAUCACAGCAUACUGUAAAAGUCAGAGACAGCAUUGAAGUAAGUAAUGUAGCGUUGAGACGUUAUAAUAAGUUUAUGAUAGCCAGCUGGAGCUAACGUUAGCUUACUUCUCACCAGUGUGACUUAAGCGUCUGUCCAGUGGAAAUGACCGAGUGAAACAAGUGUGUGAGAUGGCAGAGCUCCCGUCUGGACUGCUGGAGGCAUGUGUGGUGGUUGGAGCCUCCAGCGAUAAGCUUCGAGACAUAAACCAGCUUCAUCAGCAGAGUAAGUUAACCGAACCCCCUGUGCUGGAAGCUGAGGUCCUGCAGGUCCAUGCCCCACCGUUUGUUUCCAAGGAGACCAACUCCAGCCAGUUGAUUGGUCCAGCUUUCAGUCGUGUCCAGAGGAGAAGGAGCUUCAUCAAAAAGAAGAGGCGAGAUCGUGCUGCAGAGACGUUGUCCAAUGGAGAAACAACCAAUCGUAGUGAAACACCCUCUGCGACAGAGGACAUCAGUGUUCCAAAGGAUCUGGACCUCAUCGCCUUGCCGCAGCUCUGUUUCCCUGGUGGUCUUCAGUUAGCGAAUGAGCAGAAGGAAGACAGUUAUCACUUCCUGGUUUUUACUGACCUGUUUGGGAACCGAACCCAUGGAGUUGUCGUGCGGUACUACAGAGCUGUACAGGAAGGUGCUGUCCAGAACGGCCACAGGUGGAACUCAUCGAAGGUCCGUCUCUAUACACCCUUUGCUGUAUGUGUCAUCUCCAAGUUCCCCUACUACAACGCUCUAAAAGACUGCUUGUCAUGUCUCUCAGUCCAAUUGCGGCCUUCAAGACAAGCUGACUUUGAGGAGACAAUAAAGGAAUUCUCAGCCAAGCUGUCCCUGGUCCCUUUACCACCUCCUGGACAGCUACAUGUGUCCUUCAGCCUGCGUCCUCUUCAUGUGGUUCUUUCAUCAAGGGAGGAUCAAGACAGCCCUGUUAUUGACAUCGACCUGCAUCUUCCUUUCCUCUGUUUCACACACACAAUGCUGCUCCAGGUGCUGUCCUGCCUCCUCCAAGAGCAGAGGCUGGUAUUCUUCUCUGCUGAUUAUGCCAGACUCACUCUGGUCGCAGAGAGUUUGCUUCUGUACCUGCAGCCUCUGUCCUGGCAGCAGCCCUAUGUUCCUGUCUUGUCCCGAGGAAUGCUGGACUUCCUCAUGGCUCCUACUGCCUUCCUGAUGGGCUGUCACAUCAGUCAUUUUGAAGAAGUCGCUGCAGAGACAGAGGAAUUAAUUCUGGUGAAUGUUGAUGACGGCAUCAUUCAGUCAUCAUGGUCUGAAACCACUGACCUACCAGCUAUUCCCCUGGCUGCAGCUGAGAGCUUUAUGUCAAGGGCCGAGUGUCUCCAGCUUCACUAUGACUUGGAGCUGUGUCACCUUGGAGCAGGCACUGAUGCCAACACCCUGCGAUGCCAACGCAGAGACUGGCAGACACGCCUCAACACACAGAUACAAAACAUUGCUCUGGAGCUAGUGGUCAACAUCUUCAGAGGCGUGCAGGACUUUCUAAACCAUGAACACAGAGUUUUUAACAGUGAGGAGUUUCUAAGGACCAGGGAGCCAGCAGACCAGCCCUUCUACAAAAAGGUAUUAGAAACGCAUAUCUUUCACUCAUUCCUGCGAGACAGGCUGAACAGGAAACGGGACACCUUCAGCCGCAUGGAGCAGAACACACGUAACCAUGCACACAGGAAUCGUGCGAUGACCGAGUCUCCUCGGCGUCCUCUCAUGUCCGAUCUGUCCAGGUCUGGCUACAGCAGCUACGCCAGCCCUAACGACAGACUGAGCAAGAGGCUGGGAGCAAGCCUGCCUAACCUGGAGCAUUCUGCCAAUGACACUGUGACUGCCAUCGGCUCCAACAGACCAGCCUCCCUCAGGAAGAUUACGCCUGAUGUUGGGUUGAGGUUUCCUCAGAAAGCGGUGAAGGUUUUCCGCCUCCCAGAGUUCCCCCCUCCGCUGGCCUAUCAUUACGUCAAGAACUAUUAUUCUGACAUGGUUGCUUCCUUGGGGAAGGCUAUUAACGGUACACUGCCUGAGGAGUCUGCACUGUUGGCCAGGUACCACUACCUGCGGGGUUUGGUAAACACUGUGUCCAACAGGCGUCUGGAUGCACUGGAGGACUUCCAGAGUCUUUAUAAGACCGACUCGGAUAUUUUCCCAUCUCAGAUGGUUAAGUCACUGGUUGACUCUCUGCCAGAAGCUGAACGGUUACAGGCGGACGGACGACCAGAACUGAAGCGGCUCAUCAGUCGGGUCAAGAGGGACCAGGAGCGGGAACGUGCACGCAACGGCAACGGGCAUGAGGAAGGUGCCGUGAAGCGUUUCCAGCUGCCGAAAAAAUACAUGCAGCUGGAGGAGUUUGUGAAAUGUAUCCAGGAGUCUGGCAUCGUAAAAGACCAAGGAACCAUACAUAGACUCUUUGACGCUCUCACUGUGGGUCAUCAGAAGCAGGUUGGUCCAGAGUUGUUCAGAGUUUUCUACACCAUCUGGAAGGAGACUGAGGCCGAGGCACAGGAGGUGUGCUUGCCAGCAUCCGUCUUGGAGCACAUUGAGCCCAGCGAGUGCGUCUUCAAGCUGUCCUCCUCUGUCAAGACAAGCCGCGGCGUGGGGAAGAUCGCCAUGACUCAGCGACGGCUCUUUCUGCUGACUGAUGGACGACCAGGUUACGUGGAGGUGGCACAGUAUCGAGAUUUAGAGGAGGUGAAAGUGUCCUCGGCUCCCUUCCUGCUUCUGCGAAUCCCCAGCCUGAAGCUGCGUGUUCGGGGCAGGAAGGAGGCAUUUGAGGCCAAUUUGAAAACAGAGACCGAGCUGUGGAACCUGAUGGUCAAAGAAAUGUGGGCCGGGCGCAACAUGGCUGACCAACACAAGGACCCACAGUACAUGCAGCAGGCUCUGACUAACGCCUUGUUAAUGGAUGCAGUAGUUGGCAGCCUUCAGAGCAGUAAAGCCAUCUACGCUGCCUCGAAGCUGGCUCACUUUGACCGCAUCAGGAUGGAAGUGCCGAUGAUGGUCCCCAAGACAACCGCAGAGACACUGAAGCACAAAAUCAACCCCUCACUGGAGCUCGCCGCACCUCAGGCUGUAGAUGUACUUCUAUACACACCAGGUCAGUUAUGGGUGUCCGUGAGUGUGGGGAAGGUGAUGGUGUUCGAUGCCUCCAGCUGGUCCCUCACACACACCUGCCACGUUGGGAAUGCAAGAUUGAACUGCAUGCUGGGAGUUGAUAAGGACCAGGUGUGGAUGGGCUCCGAGGACUCGGUUAUCUACAUCAUCAGCAUGGUGGCAAUGGUCUGUAACAGACAGCUGACUGAGCACAGGGCGGAGGUCACAGGACUGGCCCUGGACACAGACAAAUACGGCCAGAAGGUGGCGUACUCAUGCAGUGCUGAGGGAAGCAUCAUGGUGUGGGAUGUCUCGACACUACAGGUGAAGAGGCAUUUUCGUCUCUCCUGCGACCGUCUGCAGUCCGUCUACAGCUGUAACGGGACACUGUGGUGCUGCUCCAGGGACAAUAUAAUGGAGGUGUGGAGGAACGGUUCACUGAAACAUCGUCUGAAUCUACCAGAGCAGCAGAGAGGAUCCAUAGCUACAUUCAGCUCUAUACUGCUGUUACCUGAGAAGGAAGAGCUGUGGAGCGUUUGUGCCGACUCAGCAGAAGUGUGUAUUUGGCACAUUAAGGACAUUGCCAAACCGUAUCACCGCGUGACUCUACAGGACUGCGCAGGAUGUUACUGCAUGAUCAAAGUUAAAAACCAGGUGUGGGUUGGUGGUGUUGGCCGCAGCUCUACCAAAGGAAAGAUUUACAUCCUGGAGACAGAACGCCACCAAGUCCUGAAGGAGCUUCAUGGCCACAACGACAAGGUGACGGCGCUCUGCUCUGCAGAGGAUCGGUACGUCCUUAGUGGAGCUGGCAAACAUGAUGGGAAGAUCGCCAUCUGGAAGGUGGAGUAGAGAGGUUGACUGACGAUUUAAAGUUGGAGCCUGACUUCUUAAAGGUGAUUCUUGAGAAGGGUUGUUGAUAUUUGAACUCAACACCCAAACAAGUACACCCCUUACAUCAAGUGCCAGAUUUACCGCCCCUCUCGCUCCUGCUGCACACACAGAACAAACAGCCAGGGAACCAUGUGGAGAUAUUGGCUGAUUUUGAUGAAAAGUGUGUUGGAUUAGAUUCACUGAUUGCACCUUUAAAACUCAAAAAAUCUUCAGAAAAGGGAGUAAAGAUCUGAUCGAAAUCCCAGAUUUCCAUUUGCAUCUCAGAGACAUGAAGGACUCACAUGGCGUCAUGUGAAUCAACAGGUUUACGUAAAGUGUCACCCGCAGAGCAGCCUCGCCCACCUGCUAAGAAGUGUUGAUUUUUUUGGAAAUACUAACAGUACUAAACCGGUAUUUUUUUGGAGAACAUGAAGGACAAAUGAAGACUGAAAAAAGAAAAGUGGGAUGAAAAGUUCCACUAGAUCCAAAGUGCUUCACUUUACUGAAGUUUACACAUUUUGUAUGCUUUAUUUAAUACGGUACUCUGCUUUACAUUGAGUUUGAUGACACUAGUAUUAUAUGGGAACAUUGUGUAACUGAGCCUCACCUCCAACUGUGUUUCUGCAGUUGAAAGGACUACACUGAAAACUGUGGGAAAGCCUUGAAGGAGGUUUAUUUUAAUUGAGGUUUUUCUUUAAUGGACAAUGCACGGUUGAGAGUGACAGGAAAUAUGAUGCAAGAUGAUACAAAGUUGGGAGCUGCACUUGACAUAGAGCGAUACACGUGUCUCAGAGGAACAAGUUUAGUCCUGCAACAACUGGAAUCUGAUAAAAACACAAACUAAGCACCAACCCCACAGUGUUCGCUCUUGUUGUAUUAAUAUGUUUUUUAAUCAAAUACUUACCUCAUUCUUCUCUAUUUAUUUCCCUACGAGAUUAGUUUUACCUGUGUUACGGGGUUGUUGGUUUAAGCACGUAGAGGCAAAAUGUUUUUAUGUACAGACUGACAGAGGAGAUGAAGGCCAAGUCAAAAGUCACAGCUACAAAAUGCCUUGCGCAUGUUAAAAAUGUAGUUAUUUGUAACAUAAUUGCCACGGUGUCAUGUUAAAAUGUAUUUAUAAUCUGUAGACAUUUGCUUACUGUGUAUUUUAUAUGGAUUUCUACUAGUUUAUCAUUAGUUACUUGUAUUAUCUAAGUAAAACACAACAGACUGAAGAUUUUUUAUUUUCGUUUUUUCUAUAUUUUAUUCUAUCUGCCUAAAACUUUCUAAACAUGGAGUACAUAAGGAUGUAUACCUCUGUUUUUUUAAACAAUUACAAGUGGGAUAAUUUUCAACUUAAGGUUCAACUUCUCUUUUAAUGAUGUAUUUAUACACUGUGUGAAUAUGAAAUGUAUUCAUUUUGUAAACUAAACUUGUAACAAUUCCUGCAAGUCAACCAUUGAUGUAUGAAUACUGUCUUUAGUGACUUUUGUAAGACUUUAUGUAAAAACUGUUUAAUAUCUUCAAGACCGUUACAAGAUUCUUUAAUAUUUAACCAACAGUGAACAAUGUAAAUACAUACUUUACA